UGAGCAUGUAAUAACAGUUUUAAUUUUAUUUUCGUAAUUUCUAGAAUUUAGAAAGCACAAUACAUAUCUUGCGAGAGCCACCAAGAGUCGAUACUAAAAUUGAUAACGCAAUGAUUAACAGUUGACUUGUAAAUAAUUUUCAGAGGAAAAUAAAUUAGUUUUAUCAAGUGAAAUAUUCAGUUUAACUUUUAGAAACCAAAAUUAAAAGUUUAAUUUUAUGUUAGCGCUAUUUCUUGUCAUUAAUGUUUAUGCAUAAAAUUUCAAAUCGGAAUCAAAGUUAUACCUUCAUAAGUUUUUAAGACAUAUAAGUUGUGGAAGGUUUAUGAUAGUUUAACCUUUGGCUCAAAACAUAAAAUGUUACUCUUAUGUCUAAGGAAAGGCUUUUAUGUUUACUACCAUUGUGAUCCAUAUUUUUCAGAAUUCAGUGCAAGCUGAUUACACCUCCUUACAAGAAGUUAAAUUUAAAGUAUACUUGUAAUGUAACAUGAGAACAACAAAACCAUUUGAUCUUUCAAAGUUGACCCAGCACACCCACCCUUUAGUAAAAUAAAAGCAAUAACUAAAUCAUCUUUUAUUUUCCAGGAAUUGUAGAUAACUUUUUAAACUCUUGUAAAGAGCUUGUGUUCACAACUGCUGAUGCAACUAAUUCCAUAAGCUAAUCAUCCUGUUAGAAAACUAAAUUUUAAUUCAAAUAUUUCCUGUCUUUUUCAUUAUCUUAAACUUGUACACUCUUGUCCAGUUGUCUUUGGAACAUAGAAAAGAGAAAUAUAGUGUAGCUUCUGUUGAUCUAACAGAUAAUUUUGUAUACUUUCAUAAUGUCAUAUUUAAAAUUUUAUUUUCAAGAGAAGAUGAGUUAUGAAGUCUUAAUCCACAUAAGAUAACUUUCUGUCCCCAGAAUCAUCGUAGUAGCCAUCUUUUGAACCAUUUCCAAUUAGUCAGUAUCCUUAGAUUAGGGAAACAAAACAGAAUACUUUUCCAUAUGAAACCUGACUAGCAAUCUCUAUAAUCUCUAUAUAUUUAUAUAUUUUUAAAACUUGUUACAAUUUGUGGGGGUAUAAUGGAAAAGUACAUAUUUCCUUUAGUGAAUUCAUUUAGGUUCUCUCCUAUGAUACAAUAAUUCACAAGAUGAUUUUUUCAAAGUUUCUUUUAUCAGAUUUCUAGAAUUUUUUUCCCUCUACAAAAAUAUUACUAACCAGUCUGUAAGUACCAAAGUAACUCUUAUCAUCACUGUUAAAAGUAAGAGUUAUAUUGGCAACUCUCCUAUCAUUGGGCACAUAGCAAGUGUCUAUUGACCUACAAAAGUUGAAAAAGCGGGACUUGCAUAUCUGACCUUUGACAUCUUCUAAGCUCAUGGAGAAAAAACACUGUGUGGUCCUGGUGAUGUAUGGUGAACACUUUUGGUGCAUCUGUAAGUUGGAUCUGAUAUGCAAAACCACAUGGUGACGUACAGAGUUACUGCAUUUACUUAAUUGCAAGAAUAAACAAUGGUUGGAUUUGAGCCUCAAACAAACCAGCUUAGUAGGUGGGACUAUAGUGCAGCAGGUGCUGUUAGUGGUAUUGCAACACGAUUUCUCUGUCAGCCACUGGAUGUCUUAAAAAUUCGUUUUCAACUGCUUCAGGUUGAGCCAAUACAUCGAACUGCUGUCACUUCAAAGUAUCGAGGUUUAACACAUGCUACUCAGUGUAUCAUUAGAGAAGAAAAAGUAGCAGCUUUAUGGAAGGGACAUGUACCAGCCCAAUUUUUGUCAGUUGUCUAUGGUGUUAUGCAGUUUGUAUCAUUUGAAGUCCUCACUGAAUGUGUUUGGAAACUACUAUCACCAACAUUAACAAAGAACUGGAGACCUGUUGUUCACUUUACUUGUGGAGGUAUAUCUGGUUGUAUGGCAACAAUAGCUGCUCAACCUUUUGAUGUCAUACGUACAAGACUUGUUGCUCAAGGAGAACCAAAGAUGUACAAGGGCACAAUACAUGCAGUACAGUCUAUACUUAAAGAGGAAGGAUUUUUUAAGUUGUAUAGAGGUCUUUCUCCUACACUCCUUCAAGUGGGUCCUUAUGUGGGUGCCCAGUUUGGCUUCUAUCGAUUGUUUCAGGAGAUAUGGAAUACUGCUUUAAAAAUCACUGAUACAAAGAUUGGUAUAACUGAAAGCCUAGUGUGUGGAUCCUGUGCUGGAAUGUCAGCAAAAGCUGUAGUCUAUCCCUUAGAUCUAAUUAAGAAACGACUUCAAGUUCAAGGUUUUGAAAAAGCCAGACAACCCUUUGGUUCUCCAAGAUUAUACACUGGAAUUAUUCAUUGUCUUAUGACAGUUCUGAAGGAGGAAGGAUUUGGGGGCUUGUACAAAGGUUUCUCUCCUAGCUUACUUAAGUCAGCAUUGUCAACUGGGUUGAGCUUUGCAGUCUAUGAAAAAAUGUGCCAGUUACUGUUAUUGAAGUACAAGUUAUGACAUAGGUUUUAAUGAAUUUGUUUUGUUUAACUUAGUACAAAAACAACUUAAAUGACCCUUUUACUAUACAUUUCUGUGUUUAGUUGGUUUUAUAAUAUCAGUAAAAAUAUUAAAAUGUUUUACAUUGAAGAUGACUCCAGUUUUAAGACAGGAUGCUGAUUUUCUAUUUGAAAAAAUUCAGCAUAAUAGGUUGAUGUUUAAUAUUUUUUACUUAUCCUUUUUUUUGUUGUUGUUGUUGGAGUCACUGUGAAGUGCAUUUCUCUUGAAUUAUGUAAAUUCACAAACAAAAUUUUAUUGAGAGAAGUGUCAAAACUAAUUUUUUAAACUAAAAUUAGGGAAACGUUAGGAUUUAUAAGUUUCAAAAUGUAUUACAUGUUUGAAAAAAGUACACGAGAAGAUGCUUAAGUUUGAGUAAUACAUUUAAUGUAUUCAUGAUAAAUUUACAGUUUGAAUACAAUUGUGAUAAAAAAAAUACUAACUUGUGACUUUGAUAUAGAUAAAACAAAAGUUUCAAACAUUAAUAUGAAAACAGGUAGACAUAAAUACUGAUGUGAAGCUUCAAAUAAAAUAAUAAGCAGUCAAUGGUAUAAAAGGUUUUGUAAAAAAACUCAAGUAAUUUUUGCAAAAACAAAAAUAAGUUCAUUAUUCAACUCCAGUAGCAAUUAAUUUUAUUAGUCCUAACUUUAUAUUUGUUCUUUCUAUACCAGAUUAGCCAGUAUGACUAGCCUUAAUAACUUUUUUGAUGUCCUCUCAAGUAUUGAGUUUAGUAAAAGAGCUACUUCAUACAUGGGAAAGUAUGUUCAUUAUUAAAAAGAGUUCAAAAUUAAUUAAUUUUUUAUUGGUAAUGCUCUCAAUCAAAGUGAAAAGGUUAUUUCUGUAAAAGAUCAGUGGUAGGUAACUGAUGAAACAUGGUGUUAAUCCAUCUAAAAUAUGGAGACUCACCAAAUCACCAUUACCCUAUCUGAUAAACCACAUUUUAAUGGUUAACAGUUAAUAUGAGAAGUUUUUCUAUGAGAGAGUUAUGGAGAAACAUUAAUUGACAAACUAAAAGUUAUGUAGUAAACAGUCUCACUAAGUUAUUUUGUGGAUUCAACUAGUUUUAGAAUGUUUUUUAUACUUCAGUUAAUAUAUACAUUAUAAGGUAGACUAAAAAUUAGCAGAACUUUACAAUAAUUUAAUCCUGUAUAGAUUCCUGUACUUUAAAUGAAUAUCAGAGUGGGUAGAUUUGUAUAACUGGUGAACUCCAAUUAUUGUUUUAGGUACUAAAAAAGAUUAUUUAUCAGUAAGCUUAUUCACUCUUAGUGUAGGAAUACACUACUAUGAAAUAUUUUGUAAUUGACAACAAAACAUAAAAAUCUUUGAAGUUGUAUUAAAAUAUAAUUUUUUAAGCAUACAAAUUAAUAUUUUAGUUUUAUGGCUUUUGGUAUUUAAUCUCGUCAAUAUCCAUGAACUUGACUUUGGGGCAAUGGAAAUCUGUUGGUGAGUAGAAUUGGUAGAAUAUAUUACUAGUAAUUACUAGUUGAAGAUGCUUAAUUCAAGAUCACAUAUUAAUUUUCUCUGGGUUUUGCAUGAAUUAUUAUUAUAAAAAUUGUUAUGCUCUUAAUCUACUUUUUUUAUCUCUGUGGAUAUAUGAUUGUAUGAUCUCCCCUGAAUCUAGUAUAUUUUACUAUCUGAAGACAUUUUUUGCUUUUUUGUAGCUGCAUUUGUAUCCAGUGACUAAAGUUUUUUUUCUGUGUAUAUGACUUGAUAAAAUACCUCCAUAUAAUAGACAGUAAGAAACUAUUGUCCAAUGAAUGAAUUAAAGAAAAGUGUAAUAAUAUUCAGGGUUUACAGAGCAACUGAUCUGGAUUAAAAUAUGUAAUAAAGUUAAAAAUUAUUUUUUGUAUAAGUGAAAUUCAUCACUACUGACAUUUUGUUUUCUCAAACUAUGCAUGUUUGGUUGUCUUUUUAAUAUGUUAGUUUUAUAUUAGUUUAGAUAGUAAUUAAAUUUUUUAACUGCGUGAUAAAGGGAUGAUAUUUCCUGUUACCAUUGUCACUAACUAACUUCAGAAUUUUCAGAUUGUGCAUUUAGCCAUUCCUGUGAAAAAGUGACAUUAAAAAUUUAAUUUUGACUUAAAAGAGUUAGUCCAGUAGAGAAAGAUUAUAUUUUUGAAAUAAAGUAUAUUUCAAACAGUUAA